ACCAUCAGAGUUUGUUGUUUUUCACGAUUCAAACAUGCAAGGAUGUUCGUAAACAGUGUCUGCAGGCGGUAAAAGGAAAUUAUCCCGCUUUGCUCGUAAUACGCACGAUGGAAAACAUGGACCGUGUGUGUCAUUUGUGUUUCGAUGGCGAAGGGCAGAACCUGGUGUUGUUAAACGACCAGGAACUAAUGGCGAAGAUAGAUCGUGUGUUUUACUUUGAGGUAACACAAUUUUCACAGUCGUGUGCUAUGAUCUGUGUUGCAUGCAGACAAACCAUCGAAGAGUUUUACUGGUACGCCGAAAAGGUAGCACAGAAUCAGGCACAGCUGCGGGACAGGAUACGCACGGAACUAGCGAGAGCACAGGAUCAUACGGCGGUGGAUGGUAUUACAAGCUUCCCCGACGAUGCUGGUUCGCUGGAAGAGGUUGAAUGUUUAGACGAGGCAUGGCAGGAAGAUCACCUAAAAGCAUUAAACGAAAGCACUGAUGCAAACAAAGCUCCGUCGGUGAGCAGCGAUUCAGAUGAUGACGAAUCGAACCAAAACUGGAUGCCCGACGAUGACGAAGAGGAGGAGGUGGAGGAGUUGCAGGAAAGUGAAAGCCCUUUUCCUGUGCAUUCCAAACGGCUCAGACUCUCAAAUCGUACUACUCUGCGCGUUUCAAAAGAGCAAGAAGCAACCCAACAAACUGACCACGAAAGGAGCGGCAACGAACUAUCGCCCCAGCUUUCUGCCGAACGGUUGGUCCUGCAGCAUCACAACCUGUCGUGCGAUCUCUGCUCGGCCCCGCUGUCCGAUUUCAGCCAUCUGCACAAACACUACAAAAUCGAACACAGCACCAAAGGCUAUCUGCGGUGCUGCAAUCGGAUGAUCUACAAAAAAUGUUGGAUGAUCGAACAUCUGCAGGUACACCUCAAUCCGGACACGUUCCGGUGCGAACUGUGCGCCAAAAGUUACUCCUCCAGCAAAGUGCUCAAGGAGCACACGAAGGAAGUGCACGCACCGGCCGCCGAACGAUCCUUACCCUGCACCAAAUGCUCCAAAGCGUUCGUAUCCCGGUCGCAUCUGAAUGCGCACAUUAUGGUAGCGCACGGUACGGUACCGUGCCCGCAGUGUCAAAAGGUGCUGGCUAGCCAGGGUUCGCUGCGCAAACACAUGGUGGCGGUGCACGGUGAAGGGGAGCAGCAUGUGUGUGAGGUGUGUGCCCGGGUUUUCCGGUCGAAGCAGUGUUUUGAUGCGCACCGGAAGGAGCACGAAGGGCGCCAGCACGAGGGCAAGGUGCAGUGUGACCAGUGCGACGUUUGGCUCACGAACAAGUACUGCCUCCGGAAGCACGUACGCCGCAUGCACUCGCAGCAGGAAGCGGGUGAGGUUGCGUGUGAGACGUGUGGGAAAAUGGCACCGAACAGGGAAGCGCUGUACAAUCACGUCCGGCGAUCGCACACCGCAACACGAUUCGAGUGUAGCUGGUGCGACAAGAAAUUUAAGCGAUCUCACCAUAUGAGGGAACAUAUCGCCAUUCACCACACCGGAGAGGAGCUGUACGGUUGUCCGCAUUGUUCGGAACGAUUCAAUACGAAGAACAAACAAUAUUUGCAUCGCAGAACCGUUCACACCGAGGAGUACGAGGAGGAGAUUAGGAAGCGAAAGUUAAAGCAACUAUAAAAAGAGGCAACACGGCGGUUAAAAAACAAUCCUUCCAGAUCGGCUGGCCCCCCCGUACGCAGGGCUGACUAAUUUGCUAAGGGUAAAUCAGGUCACAGAAAGCCAGAAAAGGCAGGCCGAAACCUUUCGAGCUCGCUGGUUAGGGCACGUGAUGAUGAGGAUUCCAGGCUCAUGCCCUCCCAGGAAGGUGCCCUCGCUAGCGACCCGUUCGGCACGAGGCGUAGAGGUCCACAGCGAGCUCGUUAGCUGGAUCAGGUGGAGUCAGACCUGAGAGAGAUCGGGAAAUCGGAUUAGACUCCAGACCAUGUCUUUUAGACGUGCUCUCCAUCUCACUUGGCCUGCUCAAGAAAGGAGAAGAAAUUGUACGAGAGAUCCUCCAAGAUUGGACUAGGGUGCUGAGAGAGAGAAUAAGCUGCCCGUCGCCUUAAACCAUGUGACCAUAGGACGCAAAGGACACGACCAAGAGCAUUUCCGUCAGGAACGCCAGUCAUGUGAGGUGAGAAGCGAACAUUCCAAAGCAAAACAUCUUACAAAAGAUCGAAGUUGCUCCAGUUCUUGGACGAGUGAUUCAAAUACUCCAAAUAUAACAACUGUUGCCAACUAUAAUAUA